CGCAACUAUCUUUUAUCUUCCUGUAAAUAAGACAGUUUCUGAGCACCAGGCGGCUUUAUACGAAUGCAGAACACAGAGAGGGAAAACCAUAUACAGGACAUCCGACAAGUGAAAGUUCUGCAGAGCAACCGGAGACUAAGCAAGGGCUGCCAGCAGGCUAUAACCCAGGAGGCCGUGCCAACUUGCUAAGGUGAAGUAUAGGAAGAAGAGAUGGUGAGGACAGCCCGGGACGCCCUAGUGACCGCCCUGGAAAACUUGGAGAAGAAGGGACUAAAGAAGUUCAGGAACAAGCUGAAUGACUGGCCAAUCAAAGAUGGAUUUAGCAAGAUCCCAAGAGGCCAGCUAGAGGACAAAUGCCCUGAUGACGUUGCUAAUAAGAUCAGGGACUUCUACACGUUUCCCUAUGGGAUCCAGGUGGCCUUGGCUGUUCUAGAAGCUAUAGACGAGAAGGAAGUGGCGUUGGGACUUUGUGCAGACCUGAGAAAUGUGGAUGGCUUUGUGUUUGAACAGCAGCGCGAGGGAACUGAUCCUGGAGCGACCUGUAAAGUUACUCCUCCUCUCCCUGAACCCACCAGGGAGCACUUUGUGAUUGAACACCGGGGGGCUCUGAUAAGCCGGAUGUCCCUGGUGGAUCCGGUCCUAGACACACUUCUGCAGAAGAAACUGCUGACAGAUGAACAAAACGACGUUGUCCAAAACAAACCAACUAGUCAGGAGAAGAUGCGAGAACUCUACAGACAUGUCAGAUCCUGGGGGGACACAGACAAGGACAUCUUCUAUGAAGCCCUGAAGAAACAUAAUGCUCCUCUCAUUCGGGACCUGGAAAGGGCCUAAAGCUUUCCCCGAGUAAUAGUAAUGCAGCUACAGCGUUACCUCCUGAGACCAGCGUCCUGUAUCUGCAGAGAUGUGCGGCGUGUCCUAUCACACUGUACAUUGGUGCCCUCUGCGUCAUACACAGACACAGCACCCGCCCAGAGAUUCAUUCAUGUUCUUGAUGUUUAUCAAAUACUCUAAUAGCUGAUAUCACACAGCACAUUCCUCCUACAUGUCAUAAACCUCACACGUCAGAUGCAUCCAUGCGCCACUCAAGCACACUUAUCUUAUAAAAUAAAGACACAACAACUGUAAUUGGCGUGAAAGGGGUCAGCUUUUAUUUUUCUGACUGAUAGGGAGGCCUAUUAAAUACUAAAACUAAAAUGCAGACUUCCCUAUCUAACUAAGGUGGCGGGGAGAAGAACGGUUAAGCAUGAUAAACGUAACAUGGGUGAUCAAUGUUAUAAUACAGAA